AUGAAUUUGAUCACAUCUGAAGAGAAAAAUGAUGGAAAAGAAAUUGCACAAUGGAACAAAAAUCUAGUAGACAUCUUUUGUGUUUUGUGUGUGAAAAGUAUUGAAGCUGGUAGCAAACCGGGCACACAUUUUGAUACCAAAGGUUGGAAACAAUUGAUAGCUGAAUUCACAAAAGCUACGGGAAAAGAAUAUAAUAGAAAACAAUUGAGAAACAAAUGGGAUCAGUUGAAAGUAGAUUGGAAGAAUUGGAAGCAAUUGAAAGGGAACGAGACUGGACUUGGAUGGGAUUCUGCUAAAAAGACAAUUGAUGCAAGUGAAGAGUGGUGGGCUAAAAAAUUAGCGGUUAUUCCAAAGGCUAAAAAAUUUAGAAAAGAAGGGAUUCAUCCAGAUUUUGAGGCAACAUUGGAUAGGAUGUUUCAAAGAACAGCUGCAACAGGAGAAGACGCUUGGACUCCAUCUUCCGGAAUAGUUCCUUCUUCAAUUAAGAAAGAUACACAACUUGAAGAUAGUGAAGAUUCUGAUAUAGAGCCUGAGUCUAGUGUUAUAAACAUUAAAAGAAAAAUGAAAAAUUUCACUAAUGCUAAUACUUACAAGAAAGCAAAAAAAGUUGGAGGUGCUCAGAAAUUAUCACACCAAAUUGAUAGACUUUGUGAGGCUGUGGAACGUAGGAGCUCCAAUAAAAAUGAUACUUUGGGACCUAGUAUAACUCAAGCAAUAGAAGAAUUGGAUGCUAUACCGGAUAUAGAUCCACUUGGACAAAUUUAUAUGUUUGCAACUCGACUCUUCUUGGAUAAAGAUAAAAGAGAGCUGUUCGUUGCCUUAAAGCAUAAAGAAGUCAAAAUUGCGUGGUUAAUGAACGAAAAGAAUGUCCAAGAGGAGAAGGAGAAUAAUUUAUUUACAAAGCUUUUUUAA